AUGAGCCCGAAAUCGCCCGAUGAAGUCGAGAGGAUGGCGAAUGUACCUUUUCGCGAACUCGUCGGUGGUUUACAGUUCGUGGCUCAGUGCACCAGACUGGAUAUGGCACUCGCGGUCAAUGCAGUCAGCAGUUACAACAGCAACCCGGGAGAAGCUCACUGGACGGCAGUCAAACGCAUUCUGCGGUACCUGAAAGGACCGAAGGAUAUGAAGUUAGUUUACAGUAGCGAGAGUGAAGAAUCGUUUCACGGAUAUUCGGAUGCAGACUGGGGAAACGAUCCAGAGACCAGACGGUCAGUGACAGCCUACGUUUUCAAGCACUCGGGCGCUGCAGUUGCAUGGAGCUGCAGAAUACAACUCACCGUUGCUCUCUCCACGACGGAAGCAGAGUACAUGGCGAUCGCAGCCGUGGGCCAGGAAGCCCUAUGGUGGCGCUCAUUCCGAGCAGAGCUCAGCGGCCUCACUACCACAGUUGAAAUGCGAUGCAACAACAAAAGUGCAAUGUGUUUAGCCGAAAAAUAA